CAGACAUGCCUGCAAAUUCGAAUUCGGGCGGGGACGCGAUGAAGCUAAAAUCCGUUUCAUCCGUGCCCCUGUUUGCUGGACCUGCUAAAGACGAUGGAACGAAUAAGAAGAGACACCAGAGUCUUUUUCAGUCAAGGCAUCCUAGUUGGCUGGCCUUGAAUAACUAUCCUGUACCGGAAGACGUUACGGCCAAGAUCCACAAGAAAUGGCUUACACGCGACAAGACGGGGGUGCUCGUGAUGCGAGAUGUUACGCCCGAUGACAAACAACGCAUGAUAAAGGCGUUCAAGACGCUCUCCGCCGAGUCUAUACGUAAACGGUUCUGCUGUGAGAAGGAGUCGCUAUCGAUAGUUGAGUUGGAGAACAUGAUAAACUGCGACUUCCAUCACGAUUAUACUGUGGUUGUGGAAGCGGCAUGUCCAUGCGAGAAGAACAACAUCCACUUCCCAAAGCACCCGGAAGGGGAAGAGUGUCAAGAAGAUACCAUUGUGGGAAUUGGUCAGUACAUCGGACUCGUACACAACGAAUUUGAGGCGGAGAUGGCCUUUUUGGUCACAGACCAAUACCAGGGUCAACGGAUUGCUCGGAGAAUGUUGGAACAUCUAUUACUACAGGCUCGAGAUAACGGAUUCAUUACCAUGCGUGUGGACACACAGUACGAUAACUUGAAGAUGCAACACCUCAUCACACACAACUGCGACGAUACAAUCAUCCGUCGCGACGGUCAAGAUGUCACUAUCUGCGUCCCUGUGCCUGGGAACGAAGCCGAGCUCAAAGCAUGUCCCAGUGCACAGAAGAUGUCAUCGUUUCUGGACCACAACGAGAACUUUACCACUCGGUCGUCUCGGCGACGCUCUUCGGUCGCAAUCAAUACAAAGUCGGCAACCUCAAGCUCAUUUGGAAGCACGUUUGGUGCUAGUACUGAUAUAAAAGCCACCGUGCCAUCGAGAGGGUCCAGGGUGGCCUUCUAUGACCUGGCGGAUGUGUCCACCAGUGGUGUGAGCACUAUAGGGGAGGAGAUGUUAUCCGGGGGCGAAGAGGAGCACAGCUGUGGCAGCAACAAUACCAACUGGAAGAAGUCUCCCACGGCCUUGCAUCGUGAGGGUAGUCCGAUGCGUCUGGAUCCUCAGUGUGCGUUUUCUAUGCACCACGUGCCACAAUCACCCCAGUCGAGCCCACGCUCUCGGUCACCUUCCCCUGCAAUCAAUAGAAAAUCCAGUUCCGCGUUGGAAUCAGACGAUGAGGAAUCCUCUAUGUUCGGAUACUAAUAGAGUUGGUAUCCGGGGUCGAACGGAAACACGGCAGUAGUAGCAACAAUAACAAACACAGCAAGAAGUCGCCCAUAACUCUGCAGCGGCAGAGUAGUCCGAUGCUUCUGAAUCCUCUGAGUGCGUGUUCUGUGCACCAGUGCCACAUAGUGCCUCAGACCUACACCCUUCACCCACAUCACCUAGUCGAGCCCACGCUCACGGUCGACGACCAAAUGCACACCUUCGCCGUCAUCUUCCCUUACACGCCCAUAUUCACCUGUAAGGAAGGAUUGCGGCGGCAGUGGUGGUGGUGGUCGUAGGUCACCCUGUUGAUAAGCAAGGCCCCUGCGGCUGCUUCAUCAGCAAACGAUAGAAAAUCUAGCUUCGAAUUGAACUAGUCGAGGAAGAUGUCCUAUGUUUUUACACUAAUAAUAAAACACUCAUUUGAAAUUGCG